CCUAUCGGCCGCACAUGGAAACUGAAACAAUGUGAUGUAUUUUCCCCUCUCGGUGCUCCUUCAGCCACAUCUAAACCUUUCUAACAAUCCGCUUCCCAAUCGGGACUUCCUCCACCCGCCUCCGGCACGGAACCGCACGGCUCGACUCGCUGCCGACCCCCUGGCCCUCCUCCAGCGCUGCCUGAGCCGGUGUUUGAUUGGAUUAGAGUCGCUUAGCCUUUGCCCUCUAACCCCGCCGAUGUUGGCUCGCUGCUUCCUGCUCUCUCCGCUCCCCCUCACCGACUGAACGAAGGCUGCCGAAGCCGCACGGCGAAGCGAAGCGCUCCGCACCGGACUCAGUGCUCAGCUUCUCUCGGGGAGUCGCGGAACACGCAAACCGGAGAACAGCGACGCGAAGCUCUCAGCCAUGCGGAGGAAAUCCAGGGUGUUGCUGUGUUUUGCGGUGCUAUGGGUGCUGGGAAUAGCCUACUACUUCUACUCGGGAACAGCGAUGAGUCGGAAGGAUGAAUGGGGCUCCAGUUACUCGUCCAGCCGGGGAAAAUAUCACAGCGAUGAAAAGGCGCACACCAUCGACGCUCUGCCUCCAGGYAAGGUGCGCUGGCAGGAUUUCAACCAGAACCUUUACAUCGGCGCUACCUUGGUCCGACCGGGUCAGGAUCCUUACGCCAGGAACAAGUUCAACCAGGUGGAGAGCGACAAGCUGCAAAUGGACCGAGCCGUUCCCGACACCAGACACGACCACUGCAGAAGCAAACAGUGGAGGUCAGACCUGCCAGCCUCCAGUGUUGUCAUCACCUUCCAUAACGAGGCUCGCUCUGCUCUGCUGCGGACCGUCGUCAGCGUCUUAAAGAAAAGUCCUCCUCACUUGGUCAAAGAAAUCAUUUUGGUUGACGACUACAGUGACAACCCGGAGGACGGAGCCCUGCUGGGGAAGAUCGAGAAGGUUCGCGUCCUGAGGAACAACCGCAGAGAAGGACUGAUGCGUUCGAGGGUCUGUGGUGCAGAUGCCGCCACAGCGCCAGUCCUCACCUUCCUGGACUCUCACUGUGAAUGUAACGAUCACUGGCUGGAGCCGCUGCUGGAGCGAGUGGCUGAGGAUAAGACGAGGGUAGUUUCUCCAAUCAUCGACGUCAUCAACAUGGACAACUUUCAGUAUGUGGGAGCCUCGGCCGAUCUGAAAGGAGGCUUUGACUGGAAUUUGGUGUUUAAAUGGGACUAUAUGACUCUGGAGCAGAGACGAGCCAGACAAGGCAACCCCAUCGCCCCCAUCAAGACGCCGAUGAUUGCUGGCGGUCUGUUCGUCAUGGAUAAGGAGUAUUUUGAGCGACUAGGAAAGUACGACAUGAUGAUGGAUGUCUGGGGAGGYGAAAAUCUGGAGAUCUCGUUUCGCGUGUGGCAGUGUGGUGGCAGCCUGGAGAUCAUCCCCUGCAGCCGGGUUGGCCACGUCUUCAGGAAGCAGCACCCCUACACCUUUCCUGGAGGCAGCGGGACUGUGUUUGCGAGGAACACAAGACGAGCAGCAGAGGUGUGGAUGGACGAGUAUAAGAACUUCUACUACGCUGCUGUUCCCUCGGCGAGAAACGUUCCCUACGGGAAUAUCCAGAGUCGCUUGGAGAUGAAGAAGAGGUUAGGCUGUAAGCCUUUCAAAUGGUACCUGGAGAACGUCUACCCCGAACUGAGGGUUCCRGAUCAUCAGGACAUCGCCUUCGGAGCGCUGCAGCAGGGAGGAAACUGCCUGGACACCCUGGGGCAUUUUGCAGACGGAGUGGUGGGCGUCUACGAGUGCCACAACGCCGGAGGGAAUCAGGAAUGGGCCCUAACCAAAGACAAGUCGGUGAAACACAUGGACCUGUGUCUGACGGUGGUGGACCGGACCGCCGGCUCCCUAAUCAAACUACAAGGAUGUCGAGAGAACGACAGCAGACAGAAAUGGGAGCAGAUCGAGUCCAACUCGAAGCUUCGUCACGUGGGCAGCAACCUCUGCCUGGACAGCCGCAGCGCCAGGAUGGGUGGGCUAACCGUGGAGGUCUGUGGGCCAAACCUUAGCCAACAGUGGAAGUUCACCCUGAAUUUACAAUCAUAGGGGGCGCUGCAGAGCCCUGGAUAUCUGACUGAGACACAAAAAGACAGAAAUACAAGCAAAAGACUGGAGGAGCAGUAUGGACUGGAAUAGUCCUCGUCCUGUGCAGAGACGCAGCCAGUUCUCUCUACACCCCUCUCCCCCACCUGUCCCCCUCCCUGAAACGUCGAGCCACGCCCCGUGGGGGAGGGGCUUGUAGACGGCGUCGGAGCGAACCGGAAACUGACUGCAUGCGGCGGAUGGAAGCGAUGAAGAGGAUUCRGUUUAGAACGACAUACCUCGGCGUUUUGUCAUUGACGGUUCCAGAGAGAUUUCCUUUUUCUUCUUUAAUGCUGGUUGAAAACAAACAACUCUUUGGUGGAUUAUUUUUAUUUUUCUUAUUCGUAAUUUUUUUUWAAUUCUUGAAUCUCCGCUGAGAGCUGCUGGAGCUGGUUCUGUUCCUAAGUGAUUCUUGUUGGGGCAGGUGGAGGUUUCUUAUGGGGGGUUUUGGGUGUCGAGUGAUGAUGGGAGGAGGAACACGGACUCGAUUCUUCGAGCUGUUCUUCUUUUGUUCUCUCUCUAGUUUACAGAAUUUACAAAAAAAAGACGGAGGAGGAGAAAAGAGAACUCUGUAUUUUACUUUCUGUGCGUCUGAUUCCAGUCCGUUGUCCUUGGGAGCGUCUUUACUUCUUGACGGAGGGUUGUGUCCGAAACAGAAAGCCCGUCUCUAAGGUCUUCAGGAUGUAGCGCUGGCUGCUGCAGCAUCCUGACUCCUUCACUUUGUUGUUUCUUAAAAACUGCACAGAAAAACAAACAAACAUCAUAAGCCUUUGUUUUGUUUACUCUUGUCAACGUGUGGCACCAGAUUUGAAAGAAGAGUUUGUUUUAAGUUUCAGGAGGACCAGAGGAGCAAUUAAAAACAGUUUUUCCUUACAUACUGUGACUGUUCUCUGACUGCUCCUGGUGGAGCGUUUAGUCUGUCUUCACAUCUUUACAUUUACUGGUUUAGACAUGGUACAGUAUGAUCGACUUCACUAAACUAUAUCCUAAAUAUUGUGACAAUAUUCAMAACUGUUUCAAUACUUUAACCAAAAACAGAGCAGCAGAAAUUAUUUCUAUUCACAAAAUAACAUACGAUGAUUAUUACACUCUUAAUAGUAAUAGUACUCACAAAUAUGUAUUUUUAUUUCAGUGCAAAAAUAACAGCAACACCUGGUAAAUUUAAUUGUAGCUUUCAAGUAAACGUACACAAUAUUUGUAUUUAGUUUUGCUGCUCCAUGACGGCCUGGUGGUUUCCACUUCUGGAAGUAUUUCCAAACAGCUGAAUUUACCCUUUUAUGUAAACAAGAGGGAAAAAACAGCAGCUGCUUUUAAAAAAAAAGCCAGCUGACCAACAGUGUGCAGCAACAGGUGGGGAGAAGGCAGCACUGCGAACAUCUGAAACUCUCCAGUUUAACACUUACUCUGACGCCUCGUUAAGUAAAGCUUUAAGCAGCAGGAACAAUUUUAAGUGAGUUUUAAUAGUUUUGAGCCCAUAAUCUUGGUUUUUGAACACGUUUCACUUCAGUUCUGAACGCAGGUCGGAUGUUUCAGGCUUCACUGUUAAAGACAACCUGUGAUGCAAAAUUCACAUUCUGCCCGUUUCUUUUACCUCCAUUUGAGUCUCAGCUGCUUCUAAAAGUAGCCCACUGCUUAAAAAAAAUAAGUAAAUGUGUUUUGGUGUCUGGAAUGGGCGCUGCGCCGUCACCUAGCAACCCAAGCCGAGCCCAGCCCCGUUACCUAGCAACCCAAGCAGAACUCAGGCACAUCUGRUCAACUGGUUUCCCCCACUAAUGGUUUUCAAAGAUGUUAGGGGUGUGUAAUUACACAUCUGCUUGCARCCAUUUUCAUUUGUGAGUGUAAACAUUGACUUGGGGGCGUGGCCAGCUGCAGCUUGUUUGGAUUUAAAGUGACAGGACGCCCUAAAACAUCUCACUCUGAGAGGAGCUCAAAAUAGACAUAUAAUCUCAUUAUGUAAGGAUGAUUUUAUGUAAA